UACGGAGCUCUCUGCCAUCACACCAGUUCCACCUCCCGUCCUCGACGAUUUUACUCGGGACCUGACGUGUCGGAGAGCGCCCUCUGGGGAAGCAUGUGAUGACUCAUGCAAGGCAGAACGGUUCCUUCAGGCAGAGCCACAAUACUGAAAGGUGGGACAACUGCCCUCAGUGGUCACAUGAUGACAAUAUGGGCGGGGCCUGGCUGGAGCGUUCGCUACGUUUUGGCAGGACAAAGAAGAUAGGUGAGACCAUCAAACAAGGGAAAGGUGUGGCCAAAAAGAUGACUAACAGGCAGAAGAACUCAGAUCAGAACAGAAAACUUGAUCGGAGGCGGGACAAGAAACGAGACAGGAAGUUGUAUCCUUUGCGGGGAAGAAGUGGGGGCUCAGAAGGGGAAGGGAUUAGCUGCCAUGUCCUCCUCACCCGAUUGGAAGAAAGCAUCAGUGAACAGGAGAGUUCUGAGGAAACAGAGAAAAGUGAUGGCCGCAGACAGUUGGCCCUCAAAUCCAAAUCUAGCAAGCGAAAAAGCAGUGGACAGAGAGAGAGAAAGAUAAGACCAAAAACCAAAUCAAAAUCAAAUGUUCAUAGUGAGUGUAUCCAUGUCCCAGAACCACGCAAGCGCAGACUAGCCUCUCUUAAUGCUGAGGCAGUGAACAGUCUACUGCUUGAAAGAGCCACUGACCCACAACCGGCAGCCAAACAAGCCAGGAGACAGCAGGAGGAGCCCAUCAGUGGUGGAGACUCAACGGAUCCAGAUCCAGCCAGGAGUGGUGUGCCUGGAGGUUUCAGGGCGUCAAGAGGUGGCAUCAGCAAAUCUUCUACUUCUCAAAAGCUCGAACCGUGCCAAAGUUCCAAGCAGGUCAAGAAGACCAAAGCCAACCGGAGAGAUGAGGGUAUAGGGAUGAGUCAGGAAAGCCUUGAUGCUCCGGCCCCCAGACGACUGGCUGGCCUCAAUGCUGCUGCACUCCUGAAGCUAACCAGCUCCACUGCAGGCAGUAAACAGAGGGUCAAGACCACACCUACAGUAACUAUCACAACAGACUGCAAGGCUCCAGCUGCAGCCUCAACCCCAAAGCAGCAAUCCAGAGUUCGACUCAAACCAAAGGGGCGCACACAAAAACAAAGGGAGAGAAAGAUUUCUCCUCAAGAAGGUGGCUGCACAGUGUGUAAGAAGAAGGCUGACUUUGAACCCAAAGUGGAGUGGGAGACAGGCGGCUGCACUCAUCGGCUAACCAAACCAUGCUACCAGUCACGCAGCAUGCUGGCGUAUCCACUGAAGCCAGUAAAGGAAGAGCAGGUGGAGGCUGAGUUGAGCCCAUACUACUGCUGUCGUCCAGAGGGCUCGAUGGAGUACUGCCAUCGCCUGGCCUUUUUUCUGGGCCAGCAGGCCUAUGGAGACUCUAAUGAUCAGUCUCUAAACUCGGCCAUGACCCCUGUGAAGCGUGAGUGCCUGGUAACCUCACCAUCUCUGACCCACUCCCACCCCCACACUGCGUUGACCCUCAGUCCCCACCCCUGCUUGUGCACCGCCGAUCACUGCUUCUCUAGCUACUAUGUCCACAUUGCCCAUCCAACACACACUGGAACAACAUCAGCGACUUUGGCUUCACGACCUCUGAACUUUGCCCCUUCCACUUUGUGCCCUAAUCGGAUGACUGACUCCAAGCUGCUUGGUCCUCCAGUGUCUCAUGCCUCAACACUGGCCCAUCCCACCUUCUGCGGCUCAGUGGGCUCACCCUGCUAUGGCGAAGCCUGCAGACUCAGCGGCUACGCCUACAGAGCCAUGCCUCCUGUCACCAGCAGGGGGUGUUCUUUCAGUACCGGAUGCACUGGUUGCACACACAGCAUCAAAACAGAGGGUUACUCCUCCCCUCAAGGCGAGCACAGUCCCUCCCUUAUGGCCACCCCCACGCUUCCCAUCUCCAGCUGCCCUCUCCCCAGCAUGCCCUCCUCCACCCAGGCCAAAUCCCACCUGCUGACACCCCUGUCUGGGCGGGACCAGCCCCAAGCCAGGCUGAAGCUGGCCAGGGAGUGCCCGCAAAGCAGCCAGCCCUCCAAUGGCUCCCUGUCCAUGGGCCGCACCCGCCUGACCCAGAAACAGCCAUCCCCCAAGCCUAUACUCAGCAGCACCAAACAAAAGCGGGUCAGCCGCCGACGUGCCACCAACGGCUGGCGGCCCGUUGGAGUGCCUACGGAGAGGGAGGUCUUCAUAGCGGGAGAAGAGGAGACCGCCCUGCGGCAGUGUUAUGAAGGAGUGGAGAGAGACGGGGAAGUGAUACGUGUCAGAGACACUGUGCUGCUGCGAUCAGGCCCCAGGAAGAAGUCCCUACCCUAUGUUGCCAAGAUAUCGGCACUCUGGGAGGACCCCAAAACAGGAGAGCUGAUGAUGAGCCUUUUCUGGUACUACCGACCGGAGCACACCCAGGGAGGCCGAGAUCCCAGCACACACUGUGAGAAUGAGAUUUUUGCCUCACGGCAUCAGGAUGAAAACAGUGUGGCCUGCAUAGAAGACAGAUGCUAUGUUCUCCCACUAGCCCAGUACUGUAGAUUUUGUGCCUUGGCGAAGCGGCGUGCUGAAGGCGCCCCACCCGGUGAUGCCAGCAUAGUACCCUGCCGCCCUGACUUCGCUCCCCCCUCCCACCGCUGUGUGCCCACCGACAUCGACCCCGAGCUGGUGUAUCUCUGCCGACAUGUCUACGACUUCCGCUAUGGACGCAUUCUGAAGAACUUACAGUAG